AUUCAAUAUAAACCUAUUGUUGCCAUCAAUAAAUCACAAAACUGAUCCACAAACCAGUUCCUGCAAUGUCAGAUCGAUAGAAAAUUAAUGUUUUUGAAUCAAAUCGCACACCUACAAGACAACAAAAUAGGAUCAGAUGGAAUUAUGAUGUUUAGCUGGACUCGACUGGCCAAUCCGCUAAAGAUGAGCUGCCAGUUAGUAACGCAUUUCUCGACAGCCCCCCCUCCGAAUGCAAAAUUCUGGACGAAGCUGUUCGGAAAGUACCUGUUGCUGACGAAUACCAUCGGAUCGGGACUGCUCCUCGCCAUCGGCGAUGCAAUUGCUCAGCAGUACGAGAGGUUUGGUGAAAAGAAAGCCUUUGACUACUCUCGCUCAGGAUGCAUGAUGAUUACGGGCUCGGUGAUUGGUCCGAUUCAGCACGGCUUCUAUCUGCUGUUGGAUGGGGUUCUACCGGGCACUAGUGGAUGGGGUGUGCUGCAUAAGAUACUCGUGGAUCAGUUAAUCAUGUCACCCAUCUAUAUAUUCCUGUUUUUUUACGUCAGCAGCUUGCUGGGCGGAAAGAGUUUCGUGGAGUGCAAUAGCGAGCUGUCCGAGAAGUUCCUCUACACAUGGAUGUUGGACUGCUGCUUUUGGCCGGGUCUGCAAUAUCUUAACUUCCGCUUCCUCAAUUCCCUCUAUCGCGUGGUGUUCGUCAAUGUAGCCAAUUGCGUGUACGUCGUUCUGCUUUCUCAUAUAAAGUACGGGGUUUCCAACCACGAUCCCUAGUUAUAUUUAAUGGCAAUUAAACUUAAUAAGCAAAAUAC